GUGGCAGUUUCGAAAUUUCUUGAUCAUUCUAGAGGUUCCUACCGUAGCUUCACCCUUAACACUUCACGAUUUUGAAAAUUCGUGUGGUACACGUGGGUUUGAUGACAACCCCCAGAGAAAAAAGGGGAAAAAAAGUAAAACGCAAUUACAUGAGUCGUUUCAAAUGUUGCCACGUCACCACUUUCCAAUUUUGAAGGUCUUCCUAUCCCCAAGCAUAUUCAAAUUUUAUCUCAACGUUUAGAUUCAUUAUCCACCGUCCGAUCCUCGAUCACAUUCUACAUGUUACACCGAUGGUCAAUCCACCGUCAGAUCCAGAAUCACGUUUCACAUUUAACAUCUCAUUCCCAUUCCCCAACAUCUUAAAUCUCUCCCUCUCUAAGCUACCGCCAAUGUAAAAUAAGUUGCUCUCCAUAAACAGCCUGAGAAGAUGACACAAUUUUGACAUUUUCUUCCACUAGAGACAGAGAGAGAGGAUUUAUGAUGGAAGUUUGUUUUUUUGAAUGUGUUGUUUGUUCCCAACUCUUCUUGUUUGUUUGUCUCUUUCUUUCUUCAGUGGAGAUCUUCUUUUGAGCAUUUUUUUUGAAUUUUUGGAUCGCUUUCGACCGUUUUCUCUUCGAGAAAGCAAAAGUGGCGCCUGGGAUACUUCUAAUUUCAUAAAAAUUGCAACUGAGGCAUCUGGGUCGUCUUCGUUUCCACCAAAAACUGAGUAAUAGACAGAGAUUCUCAAGAGAAAGAGAGAGAGAGAGAUUUGAAUCAUGGUGGAAGAGGGAGGUGUUGAUGGGGGUUCGGAUGAGGCAGAGUCUGAGGCAGAGUCGGCCGAAGAAUGGCUGCUGCAAGCUCAGAAGCUUGUUCCUGUGGCUCUGGAGAAGGCUACGGAGGUUAAGGUGUUUCCAGGGAGGUGGAAGAUGAUUGUUUCAAAGCUCGAGCAGCUUCCACCGCGGUUAUCUGAUUUGUUUAGCCAUCCUUGCUUUUCAAAGAAUGUCCUCUGCAAGGAGCAAUUGCAGGCUGUUUUGAACAGCUUGAAGGAAGCCAUUGAAUUGGCGGAGCUUUGUGUUAGAGAAAAAUUUGAAGGCAAGCUUUGGAUUCAGAGCGAUCUCGACUCGCUGUCUGGGAAAUUGGAUUUGAAUUUACAUGAUUGUGCCGUUUUGAUUAAGACGGGUAUGCUCGGUGAGGCUACUCUGCCUCUACUCUUGUCAGGUUGUUCAUUGCAACAGGAGUCUACUGACUAUAGCAACAUAAGAGAACUGCUUGCAAGGCUGCUGAUUGGCCAUAUGGAGGCGAAACAUCGAGCUCUAGAUAGCCUCGUUGAGAUCCUGAAAGAGGAUGAUGACAAUGUUUUGUCUGUCUUUGGUCGUAAUAAUGUUGCAGCUUUAGUCCAAUUGCUUACUGCAACCUCUCUGCGUAUUCGAGAGAAGACAAUCACCAUAAUUUGCAUGCUAGUUGAAUCGGGAAGUUGUGAAAAUUGGCUUGUUUCGGAAGGCGUUUUGCCACCUCUAAUCAGACUUGUUGAGUCUGGCAGUGCUGUGGCUAAAGAAAAAGCAGUCAUUUCACUGCAAAGGUUGUCAAUGCCAGCUGAUACUGCCCGGGCAAUAGUUGGGCAUGGUGGGGUUCAACCUCUUAUCGAACUAUGCAAGACUGGUGAUUCUGUAUCGCAGGCUGCUGCUGCUUGUGCCUUGAAGAACAUAUCAGCCGUACCUGAGGUUCGACAAACUUUGGCUGAAGAAGGGAUCACAAGGGUGAUGAUCAGUCUUGUGGAUCGUGGAAUUCUGUUGGGGUCCAAAGAGUAUGCAGCUGAAUGCCUACAGAAUCUCACCGCUAGCAACGAAGCUCUAAGGAGAUCGGUCAUCGCUGAAGGAGGUCUUCGCUGCAUAUUGGCACAUCUGGAUGGCCCUCUCCCUCAAGAAUAUGCAGUUGGGGCUUUGAGGAAUUUAGUCAGCUCAGUUUCAAUGGAAGUUCUGUUGUCUCUUGGCUUCCUCCCCCGUAUAGUGCAUGUGCUCAAAUUGGGAUCACUCGGCGCACAGCAGGCAGCAGCAUCAGCAAUCUGCAGGGUAUGUAGCUCACCAGACAUGAAGAAGCUUAUAGGCGAAGCCAAAUGCAUCCCGCUUCUCAUCAAACUCCUCGAGGCCAAAACAAACAGUGUUCGAGAAGUCGCAGCGCAAGCAAUCUCAAGCCUUAUGACCCUUUCACAGAACUGUAGAGAACUGAAGAGGGACGAAAAAAGUGUCCCAAAUCUCGUCCAACUGCUUGAUCCAAGCCCCCAAAACACAGCAAAGAAAUAUGCGGUUGCGUGCCUUGGGUUGCUCUCUUCAAGCAGGAAAUGCAAGAAGCUGAUGAUAUCGUAUGGGGCGAUCGGGUAUCUGAAGAAGCUAGCAGAAAUGGACAUACCGGGGGCAAAGAAACUGGUAGAGAAACUGGAAAGGGGGAAGUUGAAAAGUCUGUUCAGUAGGAAAUAGGGGAAAAAGUGGGGCCUUUUGGAUGCUUUACAGUAGUAGUUGUUUCAUAAACUAAAUGAAACAAUAAUGUAGUUCGGAGGAUAACAAACAGAAGGUUGCCAGUAUCCGGUGAACUAUUUCCCCUCAACUACCAAUAUACUUUCCUCGUAUGUUUAUCUCUUGCAUCUGUAAUAUUAAUAUGAAGAGAUUAGCUUUAGUAAUAGAAAAUUAACCUACUUCAAUUUAAAUGUCAA